AUGUUCAGCGCCGGCGUGGGGUUCUUCUGGCCGCUAUGGGCCACUGUUGCCCUGGGCAGCUUGCUGGAGGGGGCCAAGCUGGUCACCACAGCGGUGGUGGAGCCGCUGGAUCUUGCCAAGGCGUGUGCCGUGGAGGUUUGGAAGUUUAACAAUAUGCUGUACUUUUCGUACUUGGACGAGCUUCGACGUCCGUACUACGGCGAGCCGCUUGACGUUUCCAUUGCACGGCUGCUCAUCUCUGUGGUCUUGUCGUUGCUUUGCAGCCUGCUCAGUUUGGUUUCUGUGGCGAUACUGGGCGUCCUGAGGUUGCCUUUCAUCAUUGCGAGGGCUCUCGGCGAGUGGAUGGCGUUGCUGUCCAAGUGCCCUCCCAAGCUGCUGUGCCUGUGGAUGCCGCUAUGGAUGCUGGGGAUACCUCUGCUGCCCGCCGCGGUCUUGUUCGUAUUCCUGGUGGUGCUGACUGGACAUGCGCUGUACCUGGGUCCGGCGUGCGGGGUAGUGGCCUACCUGUCGACGCCCAGUCGGUCCGCGUUCCGCACCUGCACGUGGGCCCUAUUCACGGCAAUGGACGUUUUGUACUCGCAUAUUUAUGCGAUGGACGAGGCGGCCGUACGGCUGACGGGUCUGGGCUCUUCUAGCCUGCUUCCCGCACCAUCUUCGCGGUUUGGCGGCCGGCGGUUGCCGUACGGAGGCAUUGGGCCCUCCUCAUCUGCCGCCGCCGCCUCCGCCGCCGCUGGCCCAACCGACACCUCCACUCCUGCUCCAGGCGCUGCCGCCGCAGCUGCCGUCGUGUCUUUAGCAAGUCCGGAGGCUAUGGCGGCGGCGGCCAUGAUAGCCGCCGCUGCCGCCGCGGCGGCGGGGCGUCGUUGCGUGCUGAUUCCACUAGCCCCGGCCGCCGCGGCCGCCGCGGCAGAACCGGCGGCGGGUUCCGCAGCGCCGCAAGACCGGCCACCACCACACUCUGCGGCAGCCGCCGCUGGCAGCUGUGCUGGUGGUGGCGGCGGCGGAGCCGGUGGUGGCGGCGGCGCUUGCAACAAGGAGCGAACUCCGUCGUCGGACGGCCCCGGCGGACACUCCCGGCGAGCGUUCCGCUGCUCGCAAAAUGGUAUUGGCGGCUGCGGCGGCGGCGGGGUGGUGCCGAACGUGGCUGGCAGCGGUAGCCAGUCGAGGCCUGGCAGCGGCAGUAGCUUGCCGUUUGUGUGUAUGACGACCGCGACCGUGGCGGCCGCGGCGCCGCCUCCGCCGCCUCGUCCGGACAGCGCCGCCAGCGGCAUCCGGUUGUUUAAUGUGUUUAGCCGGGGAACUAGCGCUGACGCCGGCGGCGGCGGCGGCGGCGGUAGCGCGCCAAGCAGCCCGCAGCCAGCGGGCCGCGUACACUCUGGCGAUGCAGCGGAGGCGGCCGCGGUGGCCGUGCUGCCGCCGCGCCCGCAGCACCGCCGUGGGUGGCUGAGCCUGGGCAGUGGCGGCAGCGGCGGUGGCGGCAGUACGAUCGUCCGCGAUGGGAUUGUGACGUCGGAGCUGCCUUCCGCGCAAAGCUGCUGCAUUGCUGUUGCGGCAGCCGCUGCUACUGCCAGCCAGCCCUCCAAUGCUAACGCUUCUGAGGCCGCUGGACCGCACGGUGAUGGACGUGCGACCGCCGCCGCGGCGGUGACGCCGCCACCGCCGGCUUGCCGUACCAAACGUCGCCAGCAGCAGCCGCACCCUGGCUCGGCGGCGGCGGCGGUUCUACGGCACAUUUCCGAGGCCGACGGGCCGGCGGAGGCGGCCGCGGCGGCGCUUCCUGGCGCUACCGAAACCCCACCGACUCAGGGCAUCGGCGGGGCCGCUACCAACACCGCAGGAGCAGCUGCUGCCGUACCCGCGACCCCACCGUCCACCACGCCGCCAGGCAACACCCCCGUUGCUCCGCCGUCGCGCGACAAUGCCCUUCAUUACGUGUCCCCUGUCCCGCCGCAUGUACCGCAUCUGCGGGUGCUGAUGGUGCCGCCAGCGUGCGACGGCGGCGGAAACGGCGAAUUGGCACCGCCAGCGGCGGCGGCGUCGGCGCCAGCGCACCCCUCCCCUCAUCCGCUAGCUGGGCACCGCUGGCCCUUUGGCAAGGGCCACAGACGCGCACGAAGUCAACCUGUAGGGGUGCCGUCAGGCAGCCACGUUGGCGGCGGCGGCAGCGGGGGGUUGUUAGUGCCGCCGUCGCCACGAUCGGUGCCCGGGAGCGCCGCAGCGGCGGCGGUCGGCGAUGGCGGGACAGGCACGGGUGUUGCGUCCAGUGGCGGCGGCCUAGGGCCCCAUCCGCUGGGGACUGCUGAGAACGCGACGGGCGCCGCUGACCCAUCGGCCGCAGCGGAAGCAGAGGCGGCAGACUCGGAGACGGCGGCUGCCAUCACCGCGGCCGCCGCCGGCGCGUUGCUUGUGACGCCGCAGCGACUAGCGCAGCUGCACGCCUUCACCGCUGCCGUACAGAGCAUCGCGACGGCACUCAGCAAGAAGCAGCGAAUGAAGGAGAUCAUGGGACGGUUGCUCGUCCAGUACGGCAUGGUGGGUGGUGGUGGGGAUGGCCGCGGGCCGGCGGCGGCCGGGGCGGCAGCCGGGACGGUGCUGGUGAUGCUGUCGUUGCUGGGGCCGGCGUCCUCCGGUCCUCUCGCUGCGAAGUAA